AAUCUUCCCUAUUCUGUUGAAGAUAUUAAACAAAUGAAUGCUUCAUGCCCUGUUUGUGCUGAACUAAAACCCAGAUUCUUUGGCGCGGCAUCUGGCAGACUGAUCAAGGCCACUUCCCCCUUCGAGAGACUAAACAUCGACUUCAAAGGGCCCCUGCCGACCGAGACAGACAACAGAUACAUAUUCACCGUUGUUGAUGAAUAUUCAAGGUUCCCUUUCGCAUUUCCGUGCUCGGAUAUGACCUCGGGCACUGUCGUGAGAUGUCUCUCUGACCUCUUCGCUAUGUUUGGGAAACCUUCGUACAUACAUUCAGACAGAGGGCCGUGUUUCAUGUCGGCCGGGCUAAAACAAUUCCUACUAGAGCUCGGCAUAGCAACUAGUCGAACGACGGGUUACAACCCACAGGGAAACGGGCAGGUGGAAAGGUAUAAUGGAGUUAUUUGGAAAGCCGUAACUCUGGCGCUGAAAUCGAGAGGACUGGGCCCCGAGCGGUGGGAGGUUACUCUUCCCGACGCUCUGAAUUCCAUACGCUCUUUGCUCUGCACGUCCACCAAUGCAACUCCUCACGAACGAAUGUUUACUCACCAGCGACGUUAUGUUGACGGCCAAUCGGUGCCCAACUGGCUAACCCAUCCCGGAACAGUGUUCAUGAAACGCCCGGUACGACAAAGCAAGUAUGAACCCCUGGUGGAGGGGGUCGAACUCAUUGACACUAAUCCAGAGUAUGCUCAUGUCAGGCUCCCGGAUGGCAGGGAGACCACUGUGUCGGUUCGCCAUCUGGCUCCCUCAGGUACUCCUCCCGCAGGUACACCACCUUCUGGCACUCCUCCCUCUGACAUCCCCUCCCCAGGUGUUCCCCCCCCAGUCCACCCGAGAGCGAUCGAGGAGUCAUCCCCGGCACAAGUCGAGGCUCACCAAGAGGAUCGGGAGUCUCCCUCAAGUGAAACUGCCGUUUACUCCCGGAGAGGUCGACGAAUAAGGCCCCCUCGACGACUCAAUCUGUAA